ACGGUUGAGAGGGGGGGAAGGUCAGUCUUCCGGAAAACGUGUCGAGCGUAGUAACGUCGAUUUCUUUUGUAUUAAAUAAAGUUAUCUUUCUUCAUCGCUUAUCAUCAACGUGUACCGUGUACUAAUUGAUCCACUAAAACCAUUCCUGCUCAUCCUGAAUAAUCCAACAAACUCUACAGAACUGUGGCGCGUCCAUGUUCUUCGAAUCCCGGUGACUUAUUUACGAUGUCCGUUAGGCGAGAAAUGUGAAUCAGUCAAGUGACUCUUAUAAACAUUCGGAAGGCUUGUGAUUUUUACGAUCUUUAUGGAGGUGAAAAAUUUGCCACUCUCUUGGAUCUCGGAGCUCGUCCAACUUAUUUACAUGGAGAAUGGGUGGACAGUUUUUUGAGACAAAAAAACAGUCAACUUAUUCAACUCGAGUAUCCUCUAAAUCGUGCGGAUCCAACAACCUAAAGAUGGAAAGAUCAGUAGGUUUUCAACAUCUGAAAUAUAACUUUGGUGCGGGAGCUUGAGAAAUUUGAUAGUUUGAGCAAUCUGCGAUGGAGCACGUACUACAAAAUAAAUCCCAUGGUUUAAAUAAGCAGGAGUGUUGCACAUUUACGCCUCCUAAUCGAGUCCUCAAAGUUAUUAACGACAAUCGUUUCGUGCUAUGCGAAUCAACGUUAGUGGCGUAGAGAUGAGUCGAGUGAAGCAAUUGCGCAAAGAAAAUGGUUCCUCCAACGGUUGACUCUGCUGGAACGUUGCAGUGACUGACAACGAGGCAACAGUUGCACCUACGAAAGGAAACACUCGUAUUGGGAACAAAUUGAAUCUCUGCAACAGUUCGAAUGUCGUCGUUGCGUCUCGAGAAAAUAGGGGUCCUUAGAAUGGAGAAUCGAGCAAAGAAUCAUCGUAACAACAUCUUGCCAUGUAAGAUAGUGCAAAUCGGCUUUUUCAUUGGUGGAUGUUUACAUAAAACAGCAUUAACAGCAAUCUAUUCAUGUGUUAUUAUCAAAACAUGGAGUCGAAAUGGAAUCUGUAGGAAGACAGGGAACGCUGGUUUCUUACGCUGUACGUUUUGCUCUUUCUUCAUCUGGACGUGACCGACCUUCGUGAUACAUCGCUCUAUUGACGACAACUCUAAAGAAGCAAUCCAAUUGUAUUUCAAACGAACAUAACCACUUCUGGUCGUUCCAAGCGCUUUUUUUCAUUGACCUCUUGCUCUCUCGUCAUUCAGUUCAUAUUUUUUUAUUCUUGCGAGAUAUUUUUUUACUUGUUUUGUUAUUUUUCUCGAGCACUUGUAUUGAUAUUUGUUGUUCUCAACUAUAACGAACGCUGUCUCAUUUUUGCGAAAAAGCUUUUUUACGAUAUCUUUCUAGCUCGAAAGUAUUUUAUCAGAGGCAUGCUUUUGUAGAGUUUUUUUUUUUAUAAUUACUCCAUCAGUUAGCUCUCUUAUUUCCGCGAUCACAUGAGUGCACAUAUUUUGUGCAUAUGUACAAUUGUACCAUGGCCAAGCAUAUCAUCUACUAAACUAGGGUGUUAUCUUUUCAAACGUGUGUGAAACUCUCUAUACUGCGUUAUCGUACUAUAAUUUUUUAUAUUAUGUAUGUUCGCAAAUUUUGUCAGAAUUUGAUUAAUGUCCUAGUGCAGACCAACAGCACUACUUUAUUUCAUCUCGUGAAAUUUUUCUGUCACUAUUUCCACUUAUUUCGACGGUACAACAACAGCGGUGUGCAAACAAUUAAAGAAAAAUAUAUGAUGCCUGUUUUAAAAGAAAAAUCGAGGUUUUGGUUUAAUUGUCAAAGCCAAAAGUGAAUACGUACUGAAUUAGAGAUAAGAUAAACGCGUCGAACCUAAAUAAAAAAUAUAUGAAAAAUUCGAAAUUCUUUCGAUAAAGAUAUGCUCAAUUAUUCAGAACUCGUUCAUUCGCCGCCAUUCCGUGUCGAUAUUUGGAAAGAUAAUAUGUAGCGGUGGGAUGAAUUUCGAUUAAAACAUGUUUUUUAAGGCUGUUAUUAGUGUGUAUACGAGAACAUUUUCCGUUCACAGUGUUGUCAUUGUUCUGGUACGUAUCUUUAUAACGCAUCGCUAGAAAACUGCUUACAUAUUGAGUAUAAUGAAAACGACAAUAGUAAAAUAAUUUCAACGAGGUCGCAAAAUAAUUAUCACGAUGUGGUGGUAUACCGGAGUAAUACCAUUCGCAAAAAUUACGUCAACGGAGCAAUGAAGAUCUUGAAAUUUUGAAACUUUUGUAAUUAUCAAAAAUCUGCAGAGACUCGGCACGCGAAAUGUUAUGUUAACGAUAGCAAUAAUAGUCAAUCAAAAUUUCACAUAAAAAAUUUGAUAAAAAACAGUAUCCGUUUAUUAUGAUUUUCCUUCUUUUUUACUGCCUGCAUGUUGAGUGACGCACCGUGCAUGUUAAUCACUUGCCGUGAUAGUCAAAUGCUAAUAUAAAUACCUGUGACCUGCUGCAGACCAUUCAUAAAUGUUUUUCCAUCUCUUUCAAAUACAUACAUAGUUAAGUACAUUAAGAGGAUGGAUCAGUCGGUAUAUCGCAACCGUGAGUGCGAGAGAGAUAACUGCAAAUUUCGAAAUCUAAAUUCUUUGAAACAGAAAAUUCCAAGUGAGGUUAGUCGACUGAUCCAUACUCUUGAUUCGAGAAAAAAAUUAUUCAGUCAAGAGAACAAGUGUAAUAGAGGAACCUCGUGCAAAUCACUAAUUGACAGUGUGGCGGACAUGAAACUUUUAUCGGUAUAUAUCGUUUCAAUUAUUUCUAUAUCCAUUAUUUGUUGCAUCCUAUCAGUGAUAUACGUCAAACUUUGACAUGAGCAAAUAAUUUCUUUUUGCUAUAUUUCCGCUAACCCUUCGGUGAUCGAUUUUCCGGUCUCUGGGACCAUGCUCUCGAGGUAUCUAGAAUUUGUGUUCUGCACAAGUCUGUGAGGAUAAUCGAAUUCCUUGCGAGACACAGGAAAAAGGAAGAAAUUCGUAAUUGCAUAUCAAGUUUUCAGCUUCAAAAUGGUAAUGAGGAAUAAACUUCGACGAUGGACGACGCUAAGUCGACGGUAAAUGACCUCGUACGGUGGGUUCAAAACAUCGAGUUCACGAAAAUUAAAAAAUUUUCGAAAAUCGAAAAAUCGACAUUCCACGAUGGAUUUGAAACAUGUUUCACGCGAUUCUGGAUCGGAUGAAUCAAAGUUGUAAUGAACGAUAAAAAAAAAAUUCCAAGGUUCGAAAAUUUCACGACGACGACGACGAUGGACGACGAUGACGACGACGGUGGUAAAAGUAACGACUUACGAAUUUAACAACGUUCAUAACCAUGUGAAUGAGAUGCGAAAGACGUGGAUUUCUCUCAAAAUUUUGCAAAUCACGGUAGUAAAUACUGCUGAGUUGAGCAAUUUCCUGAAGCUUGCGAAGCUCGAUUUCUCUCUCCUCCGUUUCAUAUGCUCCACUUUUUUAUUUUCUCCUUUUCUUAGCAUUUUUCUUGUCAUUUCCACGGCAGUUUCCGAAAUUUUUUUCGUCAUGCGCGUCAUCUCUAUCCGUGGUUGUUUUUUGUUUGGAUUUUCGUUAUAUCGUUUCGUUUUUAUUUUCGUGUCAUACUCUCAUUUUUGUUGCCCGCGGCGACGACGGGGUGGACGGCGGGCGGGGUGGUGCGGUUGUGUUUUGUCAUACGCAAUUAUUUAUACUACUGCAAUGUGGCGAUGAAAAAAUUUCAUUACAAUCAUUCCAUCUUUGCGAGAACGAUAUCAGAUGAAUAAAUUAAGAGUAAACGCAUCGCUAGAGAAAAAACGUACGUAAACGAGACACCGAACACGCUUCUUAUUUCCCGCCGCUACCAUGCGGAUCGUGGCAAUUCGCUCGAUGAUUGGCUCGAGCGGCUCGAGGGGAAAUAUCGAGUAAAGGCGGAUCCACAACUAAAAUUACCAUGGCGACAUCUCGCCUUACCGUCCGCGGCGAUGUAUAUUCUCACGGCGAGUGACACAUGCCCUCAGUGGGAGAUAGCCAUUUAGCCAUUCAGGCUAGUGUCUCACGGACGAUGCAGAAGUGAGCCUAGCCAAAAAGGAGAAGAAGAAGAAGAAGAAGAACAACAUCGCACGAGCAUGACAGUUUGGGAAUUCGUGCACCGUUUAUUAAUCAAUUGAAUUUCUUAUCUUACGCUCGUGAAAUUCUGUGAUGUUGCUCGUCGUCUCCAAAGUCUUUUUAAUUGUACAUUCCUUCUGAUGUGCGAGUAAAGGAUUCCUCCGAAAUUAAAAACAACGUGGAUUGCUUAUCGGUUUUUUUUUAAUGUAAAAAACUACGAGAGAGCCACGAUAGUGAAACAAAAGUUUGGUCUUUAAAUGAUAAUACAUUAUGGCAACUACCACGACGAACGGCAGGAAGCCUAGCGUCAUCGUUCUAGGGGGAUGUGGCUUUGUGGGACGACACCUUGUGGCUUAUCUUGUGGAAAAUCAGCUGGUAUCGUCACUGCGAGUCGUUGACAAAGUUCCUCCGCAAACUGCUUGGCUUAAUAAAAAUCUUCAGAAUAUAUUUGACAAUCCUAUCGUUGAUUUUAGAAGCGCUAAUCUUAUCAAUCCAGUAUCGUGCCAAAACGCUUUUGCCGGCGAUACUCGGCUAGAUUAUGUAUUCAACUGUGCUGGAGAAACUAAGAGCGGCCAGACAGAUCCUGUUUACAAGGAAGGUAUUUACAAGUUAAGCAUCAACUGUGCUCAACAUGCUGCUAAAAUUGGGGUUGAACGUUAUGUUGAAAUUUCAUCGGGAAAUUUGAGCUCAUCUGAAAAAGCUCCGCACAAAGAAGAGGACUCAUGCGACCCCUGGACUUUUGUGGCAAAAUACAAACUCCAAGUGGAGCAUGAUUUGAAAAAUAUUCCGGGCCUUAAGUACACAAUAUUAAGACCCGCCAUAAUUUAUGGUCCAGGAGAUCGCAAUGGUUUGGCUCCACGUUUGGUUGUUGGUGCUGUUUACAAGCAUCUUGGUGAAAUGAUGAAAUUGUUAUGGGGAGCGGAUCUUCACAUGAAUACCGUUCACGUGAGGGAUGUUGCUCGUGCAAUGUGGCAUGUCGCUGAGCGGGAGGACACGUUAGGCCAAAUUUACAAUCUCGUUGACGAGGGAGAUUCGACCCAAGGUUCUAUAAGCGCCUCGGUCUCGGAGCUCUUCAACAUCAAUCACGAUUACUGGGGAACAACACUGUCUACUUUCGCAAAGGCUGACAUGAGUUCUGUGGUAGAAGAAGUGAACGACAAGCAUAUGGGUCCAUGGGCAGAAGCAUGCAGCCAGGACGGAGUCGAAAAUAGUCCGUUGUCGCCUUACAUCGACCAGGAACUUCUUUAUAAUAAACACUUAUACUUGUUUCCGGACAAAUUACCAAGCAAAACGGGAUUUACUUACUCGUAUCCAAAACUUACCAAGGAGGCGCUCAAAGAGGUCCUCGAUGAUUAUGCAACUAUGAAAAUAUUUCCACAUUCCUUAGUGCUCUGAGAAACUUGAAUUGCCUAUUAACGAUCAAGCAAUAACUAAAACAACGAAGAUUCGAGAGAUCCUCUAGUAUUUUAACGAGAAGAUCUUUUCACCUUGUGCCUAAAUCAUGUUAUUUAAUCCGAGUCGAUUUUUUUCAAUCUACUCCUUCGCAUACCUACGCAAUCACAAGGAUCCUCCUAUAAGGGUUCGACGAUUCAAACUUGGGCAGGCGGGAUCGUAUUUCAAUUCGAAAAGUUUAAAAUCACUUAUUUAUCGGUAACUAGUUUACUAAUAACUAUUUCACGUCCUCACAACUAUCGAAAUUUAUCCACAUCGAUAUUUAUCAGAAGCCAAUCGAGCGAAUUAGAAAUUCAAAUGGACUCGGUAAUUCUCGUAUUAAAACAUAAUCGUUAUGGCAAAAGCUGAAAUGAAUAGAUCGAAUCUGGUAGGAUAUCAAAAACAAGUAUUUGUAAAGAAAGGCCCACGAUUUUUCAGUCUCAAGAGAGACAAUUUAAAAAAAAGGGUGGAUAUUAGAUUUUUCGCUCAAACGUUUGGCUCUUCCUCAGCUGACGAGUUAAGCCUUAUCUGCUUUUCGUGCCAAAACUGAUUAAAAUCGAUUACGCUUUUAUGAGUAUUGUUGCGCGAAUGCCAUAUAGAGGGGAAAAAAAAAUCCCCGAGGUUACAGUCUCGAUAAAUCAUUUGAAAUAUCAUUUUAUUAUGCCAUGUAAAUGCGAUAAAAUAGCAUCGAUUUGCAAUUCCGAGGUGAAUCCUUAUUGUCAGAUUUUUCUAAUUAAGAAAAAAAAAUUAAACUGCUGUAAGGAAAAAAAAAAUGAUGGAAUGAAAGAAAUUUAAACAGCGAAUUCUUAUACGGAUGGAAAGUUUGUCAGUUUUCUCGGUCGUAGGGAUCUCUUACGAACGAAACAAAAUAGGUAAUCGCACAAUGAAAGAUUUGAGUUACUGGCGAAUCGAUUGCGAUGUUGAAUUUUUAUAUUCUUAUCUAGUUUAAUUUUUAGCGUUCAGUAUGGAGUAUUGAAUAGAGAUAAUUGAAAAAUAUUUUUUCGUUAUCAAGGAAUACUUUCGCCGCUUAAUAUCCGCUGUGACUACAUCAGGACCAGUUUACUCGUUUAUUAUUAUUAUUAUUAUUAUUAUUAAUAUUAAUCGUUUAACUUUGGGCAUCCAGUAUAUAAACUUAUAUAAUUGAGCACUUCUCUCCAUAGGCCUGCUCGCCGUAAUUAAUGUGAUAAGACACACGCAAACGCACGGGGUAACCGAACUGUACUUAAUUCCUUUAACGUUUUCUUUUUCAUAUACUUGUUGUUCCAUAUCGAACGUCGAGAAUGCGGGUACAUUCACGAGUAAGAACCUGGACGCUAGUCAAAAAUCGGCUAAUCCGAGAACGAAGGGCUGUGUGACACACGUUACAAAAUUUGAUGCCCGAAAUUGCAGUCUCGUUUCGUUAAUCAAGUUUAACAUGAUGCAAUAAAAAAAAGAAAAUCUUUCCGUUUACCGUGAAAUGAAAAACGAAAAGCUCGUACAACCGGUGAAUCGAUGAUAUAACUAAAAAAAAUCGAUUAGCAUAGAUAGAACAAGUGGUAUUUUAGAGAAUUUUUAUUUUGCAUGCACAUAAAAAAUUCAGCAAGAGUUUUUAGUAUGAGAUAUUAUAUAUAUAAUUAUGGGGAUGAGGGUAAAGAAUUUUUAGAAUUUUUUCUAGCAGGUUAUAAAUUUUUCUAAAGUGAUAUUACGUGAAACCACUUCGUACUCGAUUUUACAAUUUGCAUUCCAUGGAAGAAAUGGAAACGUAUGACGAACUAUAUGACGUAUGACGAGCCUGAAUUAGAUUUUUGCCGGAGUACAUUUGGUGGAGCUGCUGGACCAAGUCAACUACUCAGAACAUUUUUCAAUAUUUUUUCUAUUUGCAAUAUAGUUUUUCUGUGCAUAACGAUAUUCGACAAAUCCAACUUUCAGAAGUUCAUUUUUACAACAAUUUUCGAGUCUCUAUUUAUUAUAUCGUUUAUAAAUGCAACAAGAACCGGUAAAAUUUCUGCCAAGAUGUACUUUAUUUGGGGUGUACAUUGGAGAAUGCGUAAAACAAAGGAGAAAUUCAAGACGCAUCGAUGUGAGGUUGUCUGAACUGGAAAUAUAUAUAUAUAUAUGUAUAGAAAAAGAAAAGUUUAAUGAGAAACCCCGGUACUCUCGUGAAAGGGUACGGAGAAAUCGGUACUUGAUAGUAGUAAAAGCCUGGUCCGCUUUUUUUAUCCGCGUCCUCAAAUUCUCAAAUUUCAAAAGCAUAUUAAAUUGAUUACAAAAGCAUUAAUUUAGAAGAAUUAAGUACAAAUGGUAUGACGACGAAAACCAAGGUUCACUCAUAAUAAUAUUAAAAAAUUGUUAAAAAAAAACAAUACAAACUCUCGCGGUAAAAACUACUCGCGGGGUAGAGGGCUCUCUUGAAAAGAAAUGGUCCUUGCUGCCCGACGCGCGUUCGCGAUAAAGAAUUAUUCUCCGUUUGGCGAGCGACGCAAAGAUACGAUUUUUCAUGUAUACUCUCGCAGAUAUUUUGAUAAUAAAGCAAAGACAAUGCUCUUUCUGAAAAAUAA